GUAAGGCAAAGAGUGGGGUCACGUGCUCAGGAAGUCGAGCUGUCUGACGGGAAAUGACGUCAGGAGCUGAGAGAAAGAACCAGACAGAGAGGGAGAAGCAGAGCUCGAAGUGAGAGCGGCGGGGAGAGGUCAGAGAUCAGAGAUUCAACAUGGAGACUGAGAGCGAACAGAACUCUACUUCCACCAAUGGAAGUACGGCGUCCAGCGCCAGCUCCCGUCCUCAGAUAUCUCAGAUGUCUCUCUAUGAGCGCCAGGCUGUCCAGGCUCUGCAGGCUUUACACCGACAACCUAACGCAGCGCAGUACUUUCACCAGCUGAUGUUACAGCAGCAGCUAAGUAACGCACAGCUACAUAGUCUUGCAGCAGUUCAGCAGGCUACAAUUGCUGCUACCCGUCAGGCUGCCUCCCCUAACAAUGUUUCCAAUCAGCAGACGAGCACCACGCAAGGAUCGCAGGUGAAUCUGUCGACCAGCUCCUCUGCCCAGCUUCUGAGUCGUGCCCAGAAUGUCACUGCCCCCAGCGCUACGACACUCACUCAGUCAGUUUUGCUCAGCAAUGCUAGCUCUCCACCUCUCAACCAGUCCCAGACACAAAUGUACCUUCGGCAGCAGCCGCAGCUUGGUAAUCUUUUACAAGUGAAUCGAUCGCUUAAUCGCGGUGUCCCUCUGAACCCUCAACUUAUUCUAAUGCCCAAUGGCUCUGUGGCUACGGUCCAGCAGGAAGUGGCGUCGCCUCAGAACCAAAACAUGCAUCAAGAUUCUGACCAGGUUCAGAACCUGGCUGUUCGAAGUCAGCAGACUGCUCAACCCAUGUCCACGGCUGCAGGGCCUACCAUUGCUCAUGCUGCUCCUCCACAGUCUAAACCAACCACUCACCCAAUGCCCUCUUCCUCUGCACCUUCACAACUGCCAUCUUCUCCAGUACCACAGAGUGUGAAGAGUCCAAUGGGUCCAGCAGGGGGCACAGUGAGUCAGGGGAGUCAGACAGAGGCAGAGGUGAGAAAAGCAGAAGGCGAGGCUGUGCAGCAGAGUGUCGGUAUCAACUUGACCAGAGCUGCAACGCCAGCACCCAACCAGACCCUGAUAAGCUCUGCUACUUACACUCACAUUCAGCCUCACUCAGUCCUACAACAGAAGCAGGUGGUGUUCCAGCAGCAGAUUGCCAUCCACCAGCACCGUCAGUCCCAGCUCGUCCAUACCUCUGCUCAUGUACAGUUGGCACAGCAGCAGCAGCCGCAGGCCCCCUCUCAGCAAGGCUUGCAGGCAAAUCCUGCACAACAGACCUUGGUUGUACAACCUAUGCUGCAGACUACAGAGGCGACUCUGCCAACUAAAGCACCCGUCCCCAUUCAGCCCAAACAACCAGGCAAAGGGGUUCCACCUUUAAAUCUAGGACACCUAGCAGGAAAGCCUACCCAAAGUGCAAGACCGCUCCCUACACCCCCUCCCAACCAACCUCACAUUCCUGUACAACUCGUGGGUGCGAGACAGCAGGGUCCUGCCCAAGCUCUGGCUCUUGGAGCUCCCCAGGUUCCAUCACAGGGGUCUUCCUUAACACAGAUCACGCUGCCUCCAUCUCCUGCCCCUGUUCCAACUGCAGUGUCCGGUUCCUUACAUGAAGCCCAAGCUGCAUUUUAUGGAGUCCUGCAGGGCAAGAUGUCUGGAGUUGGUGGGAAGAGAAAUACGGAGGCAGAGGAAGGCAGGGACGAAUCGCCAACACUACCUGUAAAAGCAUCUCCUCCAGCAGACACCCCACCUACAGUGGAGGAAAGCAACACUCCAGCUGAUAAGUCUGAGGCCGCCUCUCAAGUCUCUCCAGCUCUCGCUGUAUCCGCUCCUCCCUGUGCACCCACACUCUCCGUCACUUCUCGUCAGCACAGUGACUCCAAGCCCCCACAAGCCAUUGUGAAGCCACAGAUCCUGACACACAUUAUAGAGGGCUUUGUCAUCCAGGAGGGAGCAGAACCCUUUCCUGUUGGCAGUCCUCAGAUACCAAAGGACCCUGAAAAGGUACCUGCAGCGGUUACAGUUUUGCCUCCAGUAGAAAGUCCACCCCCUCAUCCUCCUGUAGAUCAGACUGUUAGUGAUUCUAUAACCUCAAAGCUGUUGAAGUGCGAGUACUGUGGAAAGUUUGCUCCAGCAGACCAGUUCCGUGGCACAAAGAGGUUCUGCUCUAUGACUUGUGCCAAAAGAUAUAAUGUCAGCUGCAGCCACCAGUUCCGUCUUAAAAGAAAGAAGCUAAACCCACUCCAAGAUGCAGGAGGAGUCAGAGUGCGCAGACGUGGUCCACGGAGGAACAGCUCUGAGAUUGCACGGGCCAAGAUCCAGGGGAAGAGAAUGCGGGUAACAGAGGAGGAUUCCAGCCGUGGAUCUGAUAAUUCCAGCUAUGAAGAAGCUUUCUCUCCAACUUCUCCAGCACCUCCGUCCUGCAGGACGCCACAACGGGAGAGGGAUGGGAGCACUCCUACCAGCGGACCAUCAAAUUCUGAGCUUCUGGGGAUUAAUCCGGUGUUUCUGUCGAGCAAUCCCAGUCGCUGGAGUGUGGAGGAGGUGUACGAGUUUAUUUCUUCUCUGCCAGGAUGCCAAGACUUGGCCGAAGACUUCCGGUCUCAGGAGAUCGAUGGGCAGGCUUUGCUUCUCCUGAAAGAAGAGCAUCUUAUGAGUGCCCUGAACAUUAAACUUGGACCUGCUUUGAAAAUCUGCGCCAAAAUUAACCUGUUAAAGGAGACUUAAUUUUUUUUCAUGCUAUCCCUACAAAGCACAAGGGGAUGGAGAAAAUGACUGAGGACUCCCCAGGGCAGUUGCCCCUUGUUCCUAACAAAAAAAAGUAGGGAAGACAGAACUUCUUAAAAAAAAAGAAAAUUGGGACAUCAGCGGUCUUUACAACAGGCCCCCAUUUGUAAAACUCUCCUACACUCGUGCUCCAAGCUCUUCUUUUACCAUCUCUUCAUUAUUACUCUAAAUAUAUACCCAUAUCUUC